UCUAUGUAGCCAAAAAAAAAGACUUACAAGAUGGGUGUAAAUAAAUUCACUGACUUGACUCCAGAGGAAUUUAAAAGGCUUAUGCUUCUAAGCCUUAAUACAAAUCAUUCACUGGAAGGCAUCGACUAUAUUUACAAUCCUUCUGCCAAGAAGAACCUUCCAAGUAAAGUUGAUUGGCGUGUUAAGGGUGCUGUUAACCCUGUUAAAGAUCAAGGCCAAUGCGGCUCCUGUUGGGCUUUCUCUGCCGUAGGCUCUCUGGAAAGUCAGUACUUCAUACACAAAGGAAAGAGUGUAUCUCUGUCUGAGCAAAAUCUGAUGGACUGCUCAAGUGACGAUCCCUACGACAACGACGGUUGUGAUGGCGGUUCGCCGAUUGAAGCAUUGAAUUAUGUUAAGGACAAUGGUGGAAUAGAUACAGAAAGUUCUUAUCCGUAUGAAGAAACAGAUGACGAUUGCAGUUAUGAUGAGGACGACGUCGGAGCACAAAUCUCGGGAGUGUCACAAAUUGAAAGUGGAAAUGAAGACGCAUUGGCAGACGCCGUCGCCAAAGGACCCAUCUCGGUAUGUGUCGAUGCCUCCUUCUUCCAAAAUUAUGAAGGUGGCGUCUUAAAUGAACCAUCGUGCUCUCAAGAUACAGACCAUGCUGUAGUUAUUAUUGGCUAUGGCACCGAUCCAGCUGAUGGAGAUUAUUGGUUGGUGAGGAACUCUUGGGGCGAGGAUUGGGGUGAAGACGGAUACAUUCACAUGGCUCGCAAUUGUGACAAUCAGUGCGGUAUUGCCAAUUCAGCCAUUUAUCCAUUAGUUUAA